GCGUUGUUGAAUGUUGAUGUUGAAUGUUGACGGUGUCGUUAGUUUGGUUCGGUAACUCGUCGGUCGCGCAAGUAAAAAACUUGAAAACUAAAGAAGUCCUAAAAAACCCAAAUCCCAAGAGAAAAAAUUAUAAAACGAAGCAACGGCUAAGGCAAUAAAGCAAUUGCGUGAAUCUAAGUGCGAGCAAAAGAGUUAUAAAAGUGCGAGUGUCCAAGUGUGUGAAGCAUUCGUGCCAAAAUUGAUGUAUCAAUAUUUGCGGAUGCAAAAAAUGUAAAUAAUAAAACUCGCAACGCAUGUAACGCACACACAACAAUAGUUGGGGUUAAAAAUUAAAGGGUACUUUUGAACAUGAACAAAAAUGCCGGCGAUGGCAGCGGAAACGAUGGCAAAAAUUCCAACAAAAACUCGAAUGCAGGCGGUGGCGCUGGAGCCGGGGGGCCACACGAUCCCACCGGCCUUCUAGAUGCAGCCUCUCUCUUUGCUUAUUGGGGCCGUGAUCCCACUGGAGCGGCAGCCGCUGCAGCGGCCUCUAAUCCGCUGUUCAACUCACAGUUCAAUGCCGCCGCCGCUGCAGGAUUGGGUUUGCUACCAAAUGCAGCAGGCGCUGCUGCCAACGAUCGGUACUCGAUGGCCGCUGCCGCAGCGGCGGCGGCGGGAGCCCAUCAUCAUCAGAACACCAUGGCGGUGGCAGCUUCACAGGCGGCCAGUUUGGCCGGUUUGCAUCCAGCAAGCUGGUGGUCCAUGGCCCAACUAGCUGCCCAGGAUUACUUCAGCCGCCUGCAGGCCUCUGGCCUCUCGCCCUUUCCCCAUCCCGAUCUGGCUGCCGCCUUUGGCCCAGCUGCCAUGGGCAUGGGAGGUGCUGGAGCGGGGGGUUCCGGUGGCAGCGGCGGCGGAGGUUCCGGUGUGCUAGGAGCAGGUGGUGCUGGCGGUGCUAGUGGCAAUGGCGGCUCAUCAUCUGGUUCCUCGGGCAGCAAAUCGAACAAGUCGCGGAAGGAAAAGCGAGCAGCCCAACAGCAACAGCAGCAGCAACAGAGUCUGGCCAACAGCUUAAAUGCGGCAGCAGCAGCGGCGGCAGCUGCGGCGGCCAAUAAUCCAGCGGCUGCCUUGGCCAGCAUGCACGGGUUUGGCGUGGUGCCGGGCACCAGCAUGCCGCAGUCGGUGAGCACGGGCAGCGGUUCAAUAUCCACCAACAGCGGGCACGGCGGCUACAAGAGCACGGCAAGUGCCUAUGGCAAACCCUCGACCAUGACGAGCAGCAGCAGCAUGGCCAGUAAUCCCGGUUCUGCCUACGAUCCGGUGACUUUGCACAAGGAACUGCUGGCCAUGCAGGCCGUGGCAGCCGCUGCCUCCUCCGGUUCGGGCUCAGGCGGCGGUUCUUCGUCCAAAAAAUCCGGUGGAGGCGGAGGGUCGUCCUCUUCCUCCUCUCUGCACAGCCAUGGCAUGGGAAUGGGCGGCAGCGGCGGCAUCAUGUCAAGCGGCAAGGCUUCCACAAGUGUCAGUGCCAGCAAUGCAUCGCUGGGCGGCAUGCAUCCCAGUUUGUCAGGCAGCAAUCCCCUGAUGUCACCACACUCGUCCUCUUCCGCAUCAUCGGGCAAGGAUCGGGACAAGAACAAUCCAUCACUCAAUGCCCUCAACUCGUUGUCACAAUUUGGAGCUUUGGGGAUGACGCCCCAGCAGAGCAUGCAGGCGGCCAUGAAUGCGUUUGCGGCUAGUACUGGAGUGGCGCCGCCCUCGUCCACGAUCACCUCCUCGCCGCAUUCCUCAUCCUCCGCCUCCCAGCAGCAGCAAUUGGGUGGAAGUGGCUCGGGUUCCGGAGGCAAGGGAUCCAGUGCCAAGGAUUACAUGAUGGGCUCUGGCAGUGAUCAUCCCUCUUUGCUUGGAGUACGCCUGCCGCCAGACACGGAGAUUAUCAAGUAUACAUCUUCCAUCGUGGGACCCAAGAUACCUGGUACUACAUCGCGUGGUCGCAAAAAGACUAUAUCCGAAACAGAAACCACAAAACAACAACACCAACAAGCAGAACAACACUUACUCCAACAACAACAAGCACAAAAAGAGCUCGAUAGCACCACAAAUGCCAUUUCCUCUUUGCUUGCAUUUCCAGGUCUCAGUCCCGCCAAACGGGCUAGACUCGAAAUGGAGUAUGCAGCAAUGGCGGCGGCCGCACAGCAACAGCAUCAGCAGGCGCAGCAGGCACAGCAGCAUCAUCAUCACCACCAGCAACAGCAGCAGCAACAGCAGCAGCAAGCAGCGCAGCAGCAGGCCCAGCUUCAGGGAAUGCUUGGAGCAGCAGGAAUCUCUGGUAUGGCUGGACUUGCGGGACUACAAGGCGUGGGCAAUCCCCUCGAUCAAUUGAGCGUGAGCAAGGCCAGCUCAUCGACGACCACCAGUUCCAGUUCCUCUGCGGCCACGGCAAGCAAUCUGCUCAAUCAAAGCUCCUCCAGUGACCGCGUGGAGGUCAUCAAACUGCCACCAACCAUCACCUCCAAUGGCGCAUACAAUCUGUCCAGCAAGGGCAAGGAGAUCCAUGACCUGACCACCACCGAUCAUGCACCCACUUCCGGCGGUGUAAAUCUCAGUUUGAAGGCCAACAAUGCCAAUGCCUCGGGGCCACCAGCGGGAGCUGUGGGCUCUGCCUCGAAUCCCAUCACCAUUGAUGAUUUCGAUGCACCGCUCAAUCUUUCCAUGAAGCCGUCGGAUAAGAGCACCAAUCCCUCUUCUGGCGGUGGAGCUUCAUCCUCUUCUUCCAGUGCAGCGCUGGCAAGCUUGGCCAGUGACUAUCAGGCGGUGGCCAGUGGCGGUCAGGGUGGGAAUAGCCUGCAGAGCUUGAGUUCUAUAACAGCGGCCUUGGGCGGAACAGCUGGCGGCAUGCCAGGUGGUUCUAUUUCGGGUAGCGGUGGCACAUCUCCAGCUCCUGCAGGUGCGGGCACAGGAUCAGGAUCGGGUUCUGGCGGUGGCGGUUCCUCCUCUUACAAGGAGGGACGUCCUAGAAAUCUGGGACGUGGCGUGUCCAAGCCCAAAAAGAACACUGUGGCCUCUCUUCUGGCUCAAUCCCGAGCCGUGGGCCUGAAGCCCAUGCUGGCCACGCAGCAGCUGCUGCAACAAGGAGCAGAUAUAGAAAAAAUCCGAUUGGCUCUAAGCGAGGCCAAUGCCCACAUGGAAACCUCUACGGAUUCUGAAAGUGUGGCUGCCGAAAGUGGCCUCUCAGAGUCGGAGUCGGAGGAUGCCAAUAUCCUGAAUGUGGCAGAGCUAAGGGUGCCCCUGGAACUGGGCUGGAAGCGGGAAACCGUGAUCCGUGGCCUGACCAAACAGGGGCAAAUCCGUGGUGAAGUCACCUACUAUGCGCCGGGCGGCAGUUCAACGCCUUUGAAGAGCAUUGGACAGGUUUUUGCUAUCCUGGAGCAACAGCAGCCCUCGAAUCUGAGUCGUGAGAACUUUAGCUUCUCAGCGCGAGCCAUCGUUGGAUCCUUUUUACAGCCCGCACCACCGCCAUAUGCCAAUGAUGGCGAAUACAUACGAAUGACGGACGAGGAUGUGGCCAAGCGGCUGGAGGAUCUGAAGGUAUUUACCCGACAAACCCUCAAUGUGGAGCAGCGCAUCGAGAUAGCCAAGCAGCAGCAGGCAAUGCGGGAUGCCAAGAAGCUGCAAAAGGAGGAGCUGGCCAGGAACAAGGAAAAGGCAAGGCAGGAAAAGAAUGCCAAGUUGGAGCAGCAGCGCAAGGAGAAGGAGCUCAAGAAUCAGCAGGCUGUUGAGGAACGCAAAAAGCGUCAGGAGGAAUUGGAUCGCCUUAAGCAGGAGGAAUUGCUCAAAAAGCAACAGGAGAAAGAGAAGCGUCGUCAGGAGGCCAUUUUAGCUAAGGAACAGGAAAUGCAGAAACAAAAGGAAAUGCUACUAGCUGCUGAAAUGGAACGUGAGCGUCGACGCCAGCACAUGAACCUAAUCCGAAUGCUGGAGCUGCGUCGCAAGUUCGAGGAGCGCGAAAAGAAGAAGCAUCAGUUGGUUUUAGAUCGCCUGCUCCUGCGCGAACGCCGCAUGGCCGAGCGAAAGCGGGAUGCAGAGAUCCUGCAGUUGAUACGGCGACCCAAUGAGGACUCGGAGCUGCCUCAAGAGCUGGUCAUACCAGAGCUAGAACGCAUUGCCGGCAACCGUCUGCCCGGCCAGGCUAUGGCCGAUCUGCUGAUGGUCUUUGAGUUCCUCCACAACUUUGGCGAGACUCUGGGCUUUGACAUGGAGUCACUGCCUUCCCUACAGAAUCUACACGAUGCGCUGAUCAGUGACAGUUGCGCCGAUGCCGAGGAGGAGCUGCUGUCCGUGAUGACGCACCUCCUGGUGUGUGCCAUUGAGGAUCCCGGUGUGCCCAAUCCCGGAAGACAUACCACACUCCUUGGUCAGUCGUUGCGCAAUGCUGACAUUACAAACUCGAAUGUUUCGGAGAUCUUGAGGAUCUAUCUGUAUGCCACGGCCACGGGUGAAGUGCGGCAAAUGCAUGGCAUUACUGUGGACCGAGAGCGAGAGCGACGAGUGCCCGAUCAUCAUCAGUUGGACGCGGACUCGACCACACACUCGCAUUCGGCCAAGAAUCAAGAGUACUACAAGCUUCUCCAUGAAAACGACACCUGGAAACUUUCGCAAUCGCUCAAGGAUCGUCCCUUUGUGGCUUUGAAUCCCACCCGAAAGGCCCAAAUGCUCGCCCACCUGUGCAACGAUCUGCUGAUGAACAAGGCCGUGCUGCGCCAGAUUGAUGGCAGCCUGGAGACCUGCGCCCAGAUGCGCAAGGAGAAGUACAUGACGGACAUGAAGGUGCGCAAGUACAAGGCUUUGCAUAUGCGCAAGGCACGCAUCGAGGCGUAUGAGCGGGCCCAGGCGGAACGGGAGGCGGCCAUGCAGGCCCUGGUGGCGCAACAGAAACUAGAUGCCGAACGACAGAAGCAGCAGGCAGCCGAAGAGGAGGAGGCGGCCAAGGCGGCAGCUGAAGCCGGGGGAGUCGAUGGAGAAGCUGUAGCCAAGGUUAACUCACCGAAUGGUGGAAAGCCCCAAGAUGAGGAUCAAGAACAGGAUGAACAAGCCACACCCAUCAAGGAGCAGCAGUCGGCGCAACCCAUGGAAGUAGACAGCGUGGCGGAUGAGGACUCCCUGGUAAGUCCCGCCAAGAGUCUGAGCCAGCAAGUGGAUGUCCAGCUAACGCCCAGUAAACAGGAUAUAACCACCACGCCCACCUAUCAGCACAACGGUUCCAGCACACCAACAACCACGGCCAGUGGAGGUGCUGCCGAUGCCUUGCUGCAGGCUAAGAAAAGCGGAGCCCGCAAUUCCAUUAACGAUGAACAUCAUCAUCAUCAUCAUCACGAUGUGAGCAUCAUUGAUGAUGAUCUCUCCGAUCUUGAUUCGGAGAUCACCAAUGUGGAGGAGGACGAGGACAAUCGCCUAAGCGCCGAUGAGUUGCAAAAGAAGCUGGACAAGAUUGUAAGGGCUUCUUUGAACUGCAAGGAGGCGCUGGAGAAGAGCACCAAUCAGCUGAGAGCGGCCUGCUUUGGUCAGGAUCGCUUCUGGCGUCGCUACUGGAAGCUGCCCAAGGCGGGUGGUAUAUUUAUAGAAGCCUUGGAGUCGGCGCAGAAUGAUAUAUGCGGUUAUCAUGAGGCAUUGGAGGGCAUGGAUGAUAAGAAGAAGGAGGAGGAAGGUGUAGGUGCAGAUGAGAAGGAGCAGGAGGAGAAGGAAAAGGCAGAUAAGGAUAGUGCUGAGCAGGAAAACCAUGCCGAUGAAGGGGAGCAGCAGCCCAUGGAGGUGGAUGAAGCUAACGAGGAAGGACAGCACAACGAGGAGAAUCCACCACAAAAGGAUGCAAAUCGAGAAGAGAACAACAAAGAGGUUGAAGGCCACGAUGACGACGAAGAUGAUGACGACGACGAUGUCACAGAAAUCAACAAGGUGGAACCUGAGAUUGUAGAUCUAGGCGAUGAUGAUGAUGAUGUGCCGCCUCCGCCAAAGGUGGAACCUCCUCCACCCCGACCCGAAAUCAAGGUCAAGUCCGAAAUGGAGCUAAUGGGUCCACCGCCAACGACCAUGAUAGCCACCAAGACCGAUUUCGAGGCGGAGAUCAAAAUACCAGCCAUGCCCGGCAAUCUGAUGCCGCCCAACACAGCCACUCUCAACAACAACAACAACAAUAGCAAUAAUAACAACAACAACAAUGGAAGCAACAACUGUGAUAAGUUGGAAACUGGCUUGGGUCUGGGACAAAAUGUAAUCAAAAUGGAGGAUCUUAAAAAGGAAGAUGAUUGCAUAAUAGUCUCGACUUCGAGUGUGGAUGACACACCCAAAUGGUUCUCCAUUGUCCGCCGUGAAGUGCCACUGAUUAGCGAACUGCCAGCGGAGGAGGGCGGCCAGGUGGCCCAGGAACUCCAGCAUGGCUAUGCCAAUCAUAAUUGCUCUGCUCAGCUGCAGCUGCAGGGUCAUCCCUGGGAUCUAAUCAACAACAUGCAAUACUAUUCCAUACCCAUGGACGAGUGCAAGGUGGAUGCCGGGAAGCUUGGCCACGAAUGCAUCUUCUCGCUGAGCGGCCUCGACGAGAAGCAAAUGCUGGCCAAAAUUGAGGAGUACCACAACAGCAGCAGCAGCAAGGUGGAGUCAAAAAACGGUCUGGGCUCUCCUCAUCGCCACCAUGUCCACGAUGAGACUGAAGAUGAUGAGGAGAUGAGGGCCACCAAGCUGAAGGAGAUAGUAGCCAGAGGCGGGGAAGUGGAUGCUGAGGAGCUAACCGGAGCGAGUAAGGACAAGUUUUUUCGCUUGCGCUCUGAUGUGCCGCCGGACACGGGAGGAGGAGGAGGAGGAGGAGCAGCAGCCGGGGACGUGAAGCCCAAGAUUGAGCUGCGCCUGGAUGAGGCAUUAUCGCAGGCCUAUUACCACAACAUAGCCAACAUGUCGCUGAGCAGUGUCCAGACCUACAUACCCAUUGACAUACCGCUGCCGCUCUCCAUGACCCCGGACGAGCAUCGUCUGCUGGAGCAGGUGAAGCUAGCAGGGUUCCCCGAGCGCGUUCAUGGCGUCUAUGUGCCCCGGCGACAGCGCUACGGCUGGUGGCAGCUGGACGAUGAUCAGAAGCUGCGUCAGCUCCUCAAAACCCUGAAUCCCUCUGGGUUGAGGGAACGUGAACUCCAGGAGAAUCUCCAAAGGUUCCUCGGCCUGGAACAGCCACUGGGCGUGAGCUAUCAACUUAAAGCUGAUCCUGAGCACUCGGAGGAGUACAUGAUGCCCGACCAGGCUGGCGAUUGGAACCCCAAGGUGGCCAAGCGUGUGGAACUGGCUUUGCUGGAGCAACUCGAGUCGCUGGAGGAUAAGGUGGCCAGUGCUUCGAUGCAGCUAAAGAAUUGGCAGCUGCCCAAUCGCGUGGAAAGCGAACUAACCCUUGAUUCCAGCCAGGAGGAUGUCACCGAGGAGGACUUUGUGAGCAUUAUACCCAUGAUACGGGAGAGGAUCAUAGAUUUAGAGGCCAACAUCGAGCGGCGUUACUUGAAGCCACCACUGGGCUCCCAGACAGGCGACGCUCACUUGGCGGUGAUUGCCCAGAAUCAGCAUACGACGACUCAGACCCAGAACUCGGCAUCGGCUGCAGCAUAUCUCUUGCAGAUGCAGCAACAGCAGCAGCAGCAACAGUUGGCCCAACAGCAGCAGCAGCAGGCGCAGCAAGGAUCAGGCAACAAUAGCCUCAAUCCCUCAUCCUUUAAUGAACGAACCAUGGCUCUGGCAGCAGCAGCAGCAGCUUCCUCGACAGCAGCAACAGUGAAUCCCAGUGGAGGAGGCGUUACCACACCCUGUGAUCCGGAAGCCAACUCGGGCAAUGCCUCGCCGGCGAGCAACUGUGACAGCGAUCGCGAUGAGAAGGUGGAGAAUAUACCCAAGGGCCUGGUGCAGUGGCGGGAUGCAGUGUCGCGAUCCCACACCACCGCCCAGCUGGCUAUGGCCCUGUACGUCCUGGAAUCCUGUGUGGCCUGGGACAAGAGCAUCAUGAAAGCGUAUGCAACAAGAAACAAGUCCAGCAAGAAGGAGAAGAAGGGCAGCGCCCAAAAGCAGGCAACGAAGCGAAAGCAGCCCAAAAAGAAGCAAGAAAAGAAAAAUAUACAGGAAAAUGAGCCAGAGAUGAACGGGAAUGGGAAAACCCCAAAAAAGACACCCAAAAAGAAGUCACCACUAAGCAUCAAAAUCAAUCUAAAGGCCCUGGAGCAGCUGGAACAGCAGAAAUCGAAUCAAAAAUCCAAUCAAAACCCAACCCAAACCCAAUCCUCUACUUCAUCCUCAUCCCCGGACUCCGACUCGGACUUUGUCACACCACAAACACCAACUCCGACCAAGAAGGAUAAUAAGAGACGCUCCUCCUCCUCCUUAAACUCUAGAAAAUAUUCGAAAUAUUCCUUACAGAACUGCCAGUUUUGCACCUCCGGCGAGAACGAGGAUAAGCUUCUCCUAUGCGAUGGCUGCGACAAGGGCUAUCACACGUAUUGCUUCAAGCCCAAGAUGGACAACAUACCCGAUGGCGAUUGGUACUGCUACGAGUGCGUCAACAAGGCCACCAAUGAGCGCAAGUGCAUCGUUUGCGGUGGCCAUCGUCCCUCGCCCGUGGGCAAGAUGAUCUACUGUGACUUGUGUCCGCGCGCCUAUCAUGCCGACUGCUAUAUACCUCCCCUCUUGAAGGUGCCGCGUGGGAAAUGGUAUUGCCAUGGCUGCAUCUCUCGUGCCCCACCGCCCAAGAAGCGCAGCACUGGCGGCGGCGGUAGCAGUAGCAGCAGCAGCAAGUCUAGAAGAGAUCGGGACAGGGACAACCGUGAAAGGGAAGGUGGAGCGGCGACAGCCAAGCGCAGCAGCAAGCCGACGCAUGGAGGAGCCUUGGAGAUGCAACAGCAACAAAUACAGCCACUGGCAGGUGGUGACUCCCAUCACCAGCAUCAUCAUCAUCAGUCGCUGAAUUCCUCGCACGAUGAGUCCAUGAAUUCGCUAUCGACGGCGGCACCGCUUAGUCCGGCGCAUUCGGUGGCCUCGGUAACGACCUACGAUGACCAGCAGCAGCAGCCUUCGGCGCACAUCAACAUCAACACCAAUUCGGUCGAUGGCAGCAGCCGCUUUCAAACAUCAAACAACAACAACAAUGGCACGGAGGAUGUGAUGCCCGGCUAUCCAGUAGCCGCCGCUUAUCCAUCAUUAGUUGGAGCUGGUAGCUUUGCAACAGCGGCGGCGCCAGUGCCAACGGCCAUGCAAUUUGCCAUGUCGCCGCGUGCUGUUACGCCAACGCGCACCAGAACACCAACGCCGACCCCGGUGCCUACACCACCUCCGCCGCCACCCGGGCCUUUGCAGCCGCCACCGACGCCAACGCCUCUGAUAAUGCAGCAGGCCUCGCCCACCACCCAUGCCGCCGCCCUUCAUGUAACCGCCUGCCAGUCGCCGCCCCAACAACAUCAUCAGCAGCAGCUGAUGACCAUGCCCUCGCCGCCAGCAGCUGGAGCGGGCACACAAAUGUCACCGCCGCCCAUCAACAUACAUGCCAUGCAGGAGGCCAAGGAGAAGCUGAAGCAGGAGAAGAAGGAGAAGCAUGCCACCAAGAAGCUGAUGAAGGAGCUGGCCGUGUGCAAGACUUUACUAGGGGAAAUGGAGCUCCAUGAGGACUCCUGGCCUUUUUUGUUGCCUGUAAACACCAAACAGUUUCCCACAUAUCGCAAAAUAAUUAAAUCUCCCAUGGAUUUGUCCACCAUCAAGAAGAGAUUAAUGGAUUUGAGCUACAAGACCCGCGAGGACUUUUGCGUCGAUGUCCGGCAGAUCUUUGACAAUUGCGAAAUGUUCAACGAGGAUGAUUCACCCGUGGGCAAGGCCGGUCAUGGGAUGCGCAAGUUCUUUGAGUUGCGUUGGAAUGAGCUGACGGACAAGCACUCCUGAUCCUGUGGCAAUGCAGCCACCAUUGCAGGCAGCAGCAUGGCUGGAACUGCCACACAUCCCAUUGAGAUGGUGACCUUGAUAGGCACGUCGCAGGAGGAUGAAGAGCAGGAUGAGCAGAAGGAAGCCGAAGUGGAGGCAACAUCUACGACUUCAACAACAACAACAACAGCAUUAACAGAAGCAGCACAAUUUUGGUCAAGAGAUUAGAGAUUAGUGUUUAAGGAGCAGCAGCAGAGAUUGUACAUAAAUAGGGGGAAUACAGAUGUAGAAAUAGAAAGCACACAAUUAAUAUAUAAUAUAUAUUUAUAUAUAUAUAGAUAUAGUAGGUAUAUAGACACGCGAGAGUAUUCAACGUCCUAAUACGUUCAAGCUUCGAAAUCACCACAGCCAAGGCGAACAAGCGAGCAAGCGACAAAUUGUAUUUAGUUUUUAUAUAUAAAAAGCAUAAACAAUAACUAUUUAAUUAUAUAUAUUGAAACUUAAUCUUAAAGCAUAAGAAGCCAUUUACAAACAGUAGGAGGAGACCGCUGACACGCUGACGCUGAGCACGUACAAAAGUCUGUCUCCCCAAUUUCCAAAACCCACACGAGAACGAUCCACAGUAUUUUUUUUGGGGCACAAAGCUUGCGUUUAAUUUUAAAAAGGAUCAACGAAGAGGAAGCCACGCUGCUCAUUUAAGUUUUUAACAUGUAUUUUGUACUUAUAAAACAUUUGUAUCUAAAAACGCGUAAAUAUAUAUAUUAAAGACUAGAGCUAAACAAUUAUACUCGAAAAGGAAGUAAAAUGUAAAUGGAAUGCAACAAAAAAUGAUUAAAUUAAAUGUAUUAAAUUAUUUAUACCGUGUAAAUUGUCCCUUCAAUUGGAACACAAGUCUUAUAAUACAAGUUUCGGAUGGAUACUCACUGUACUGUAGUGUUUGGUAACUCUUUCAAUCGUAAACCGUAAAACUUUUUGGCAAGUCUCAAAAUACAAAGUUGAAAAUCAAAUUGAAAUUGCUAAUUUAAAUUAAAAUAAUCAACACAGAAGAGGGUGUUGUGGGGGGAGAACCCUUGGAGGAAGGAUAAAUAGGGGUUCACAUAUCCCGGGUAAGUGUUAUAAUGCCUUCAAGCUUGAAAAAGUGUUAUAAUGACUGGGUAUUAUACGAAUAUUUUUCUUUUACUUACACACUGAGAAAUAUGAUAACUGGGCUUCAGGACAUUAUUCUUUAGGAAAAUGGGCGUUAUAACACUAUAACACUGGGCAUUAUGACACUUACCCGCCAUAUCCAUAGCGGAAUCUAAAGCGCAACUCCUGGACGGAGUAGGACAGUAUUAGAAGGCAGUCAGGCAUCAUUUUAGCUGUACAUAAAGAGGAGAUAUAGUCACAUAUAAUAGACUCGAGACUCACUCGACCGAUGUUACAUAUAUAUACAUUUACUAUAUAAAUCACACAGAGAAAAUAGAAGAAGCAUACCAAUUAGCAGAAAGCAAUGAUAUUUACAUAACAUUUUUUGAAUAAAUCAAACGAAAAACUCAUUUGCAGUGCAGCACAAUAAUAAUUGAAAAAUGAAAAAACAAAAAAAAGGCGAGAAGAUAAUAAUUCAAAAGAAAUCGAAAAACAGAACAGAACUACCUACCAAUAACAGAGAUACCAGAUACAGAUACAGAAUUAGUUGGGAAUUAUAGUUUGUAAAGAGUGUUGAACGAAAAUAUACAUAUAUUAUUUGGAACCGUACUUUACCACAGAAGAGAUACUAAUGAGUUGUUGCUUGUGUAAAUAGGAAUCCUCCGCAUGCAUGUGUACAUUGUAUAUAAGAAAUAUAUAUAGCCUAAGAUCGAAGUGAAGCAUGUUAUUGGCAUUCAUACAGUUGCAAUAAUUACAAAAUAAAAAUCAGAAAGGAUAAAUAAAGCCAUGGCAGAAGGAUGAUCCAUAGCCAUAAACAAUAAACUGCAUGAAACAUAUAAAGGAAACUUGAUUUUGUAUUUAUUAUGUGUGUGUUCGUGGUGAUACAGAUAUAGAUAUAUAUAUAAUAUAUAUAUUUUAAAAUAUAUAAACAAAAACUAUGCAUAAUAUGUGAACGUAAAACUUACUCAUUAACACACAACAACAGCAACAAUAAAAUAUUUAAACCAAGGAUGAGAUAUACUCGAUAACCAAGCAUCCGUAAUUAUGAUUGUGAGGGGAAUAGCCACAUUUGCUAAACGAAAAGAAAAAUCAUAUAAAAAAACAAAACAAAAAACAUUACAAAACUGAAAAAAUUACACAGAAAUUAAACACAAAUUCAUACAUUUUGGUGGGGCUACAUUUUCGACAUUUGUGCACAUGGAAAAUAUAUAAGUAAAUCAUAUAAAACUUAA